UUUCCAACAUUCAACGAAAAUGGUAUCUGGUCGUCCACUUUUAUAUCUGUCAUUACCGGGAGUAGUAUUCAUUCUCGGUGUUUUUUGGUACCGGCGUCGCAACAAAAAUCGCGUAAUUGGAGAUACAACGGCGGGUGAGGAAGAAAAGUUGAAUAAACAGCAAUCAGAUGAAUCAUCAACACAUCAAGCAGAAGUAACUAAUAUGCGGAGCAUAUCAAAUCCCUUACCAAGUGACUCGGUAAACAUAAAUAUUAAGAAUUCAGACGAAGAGAGUCCAACCGUCAGACUUUUCGGCAAAUCAGCUCCAAUAAAAAUUGUUCAGAAUUCCAGAGGCUCUCCAGUCAAACAACAACAGGUAGACUCUGAGGUUUUAAAAAGUAAAAUACAGGACGCGGAAAAUAAGGUGCUUCGAUCGAUUGAUGAAGAUUUUGAAAACUUGUCGUCGCCAAUCGAUUUGCCAGACUCCGUUGAUAAUCGUAUUGCAUUUUAUUCCCGAAACGUGAAUUGCAAAAAAGACGCCCCUGUUGUAAUAAGGGCAACUCGCACACCAAAAAUAUCACCAGAAAAUUCUUUUCUUGAGAGUAAAUAUACUAAAGAGUGUGAAGAAAAUAACAAUUUAGAACCAAUGGGAUGUGUUAAAAAGGAAACUAAGGAUGUAAACGAUCAAGAAGAGUCAAACUUAUCGUCGUCGCUGAAACAAAAAGAAAAUGAAAAACAUUCAAUUAAUCAACAAAUCAGUAGCAAAGAGGCAACUACUGACGUUGCAACACAAGAAUUGAGUGCAACUGACAAUGGGAAGCGUAACGUUGAUGCUGCUAGUCCUUCAUUGAGUUUAUGCAGUUUACAAUCUGGUGACUCGGGAAAAGGCUCAAGCCUGCCACGUUCUGAAGCAAAUCGUCUCAAAACUACCUACGAGUUUUUCUUCCCAAAUAGUUUUGUUGGUCAUUUAUACGGCAGGAAACAUUCAUUUAUUAACCAAAUCAAAGCUAAAACCUCAGCAAAUGUAGUUAUACGUAAAACAAAUUAUGCAGGUAAAUUCGUUUGCAUAUGCGCCAUUGAGGGCUCCGAGAGUGAAAUUAAAUCUGCUUUGGCAAUGAUAAGGCAACGUCUACCCGCAAAACGCUAUCCUAAUUUUACAAUGCAAAGGAUACAUUUUGCACCUCCUCAAACUGUAGUUCCUUUAUCUACCGAAAGUUUGCUUAAUCUACAGCUUAACCUUAUCGAAGGCAUUAAUAAUGAUAUAAUUGUUACUGCUGUCGUAAAUGGCGCACAUAUGUUCGUUCAACAUCCUUUACAUCCUUCCCAUCCUUCACUAGCUGUUAUUCAAAAGUGUUUGUACGACAGCUACUCCACAAGUGAAGCACCUUUGCUGCCUGGAAUCGAAAUUAAUGCUGUUUGCGUAAUUCCAGUAAAUGGGAUAUGGUAUAGAGUUCAAAUAGUUGAGCAAGAUAGUGAAGAUGAGCAGCGCUGUGUAGUUAAAUUUUUAGACUUUGGAGGCUAUAUGAAUGUUCAUUUCAAUGAAUUACGGCAAAUUCGAUCAGAUUUCAUGACUGUGCCAUUCCAAGCAACAGAAUGUGUUUUGUCAAAUGUGGAACCGAUUGAUUCUAUCUGGUCACCAGAAGCGGCAGAUAUUUUAUGCCAGCUAACCAAAGGAAUUGUUUUACAAGCGCAGGUAGCGGGAUAUAAUAGUCAUAAUAUACCAGAAAUUUACUUGUUCGCUUGCUUGGGUCCAAAUAAUGUCAUCUUCAUUAACAAAGAGCUUGUGGCUAGGAAUCUAGCGAAAUGGGUUGAACUACGAGACUGAUUCAAGCGAGUGGAAGGUGUUUGUUAAAACGAAUAGCACAGAAGCUGCAACUAUCAUCUAAAUCAUUUUUAAAUAUUUAACAGAACAAAAAUCGCUCUAUCAAUUUAGAAAUAGUAAAUGUAUUUCACUAGGUAAGUUAUCAUUCGCAAUAGGAUAUAAAAGAGAUCAACAGUUAGAUUUGGGAAGAUUAGGGGUCAUUGUAGCAUUUUGCGAUACUUUGUCUUGUACGCAAUAGUCAUUUGUGUCGAGAAUAAACCUGUUGUAUAUAUAGAAGCAAAUUAAAAAUUCGACUAUAAUGAGGUGAGAAUACAUAUAAAUAGUAUGUAUUACAAUAGCAAGCAAUAGAAGGCUCGUAUUAAUUCUGCCGGACAAAAGGUUUACUAUAAUAACUUGUAUAUAUAAUAUGCAUAUUAAAUGUUAUUUCAAUAUAUAGUAUAUUUUUAUGCCUCUUAUUGAUGCAAAAAUACCAUAUGUUAAAAUAUAUAUACCUACGUAUAUUUUUUUACCAAGCAUAGAGAGAGGUGAGGAAAAAAUCUAAUGUUUUUUUUUUGUAUAAAUUGCGUAAAGGCAUUUUGAUGUAAGUUUGUGAAAGAAAUUUUACAGAAUUUACAUACCUAAUGUCUAAGCCUGUAACGUUGAAUUAAACUCUAUUAUACUGAGAGCAACUUUUCCUGAGCCUUUAACCUUUGAUUUGUAUGACCAUAUUUUGUUUGAAAUUCGCUUAAAUAACCUAAUAUGCUGACUGCCUUUUACCACAUUAUUAUACUCGAGUUUAUGGGGUUCCAUUCUGAUUGAGAAUGCAUCAAAAUGCCUCCUGUGUUUAUUAUACCAAUUUAUACUUAAAUACAUUUAAAACAACAUUUUACAAAGCAUAAUAGUGUUAGGUGUCCAUAAGUAACACUCUAGGCCUUUUAAGUAGA